AUGUUGCUGAUCAACCUGAUCAUUUGGAUUUUGAUCAUGAUCUUGAUUGUCGAUCAAAUCGAUCAAAUCCGUCGAUCUGCUAUGUCACGCGGUGGUCGGCACACGGCCAGUUUCAGGACAAAUUUGUACAGUAAUCAACUUGUUCACCUACCUGCCGGGCUGUUCAAAACCACAACCAAAUUACAAUACCUGAUUUUGCGUAAGAAUAAACUUGUUCACCUACCUGCCGGGCUGUUUGACGCGACAACCGAAUUGAAAGUCCUAGAAUUGAAUAAUAAUCAACUUGUUCACCUACCUGACGGGCUUUUCAAAGCCACAACCAAAUUACAAACCCUGCAUUUGCAAUCUAAUAAUCUCCGCUAUCUUCCCGGUGGACUGCCUCAUGACACACCUCAAUUAUCUGAACUUCUUCUUAACAACGGAGUUUCACACAACCUUCGCUUGUGCGCUCUCAAGUUUCCUACGGAUUUUUCAAAUGGCUACAUCUUAUAUUCAGGUGGUGUAAAGGAUUAUAUUGCUUCAAGUUUGAAUGAGACCAUUUGCCGACAAAACUGUAGCAUCAUUUCCGACCUGGACAAAUGUGAUUUGUGUACCGGUUAUCUGUACAACUACACUUGCAUAGAGCGAGAUGAAUGUCUACAUCAGAUUCAUAAUUGCGACUCCAAUGCUUCGUGUACCAACACGGUUAGGUCCUACAACUGCACGUGUAACUCUGGGUUUUCAGGUGACGGCAGAUCCUGCGUAUGCAAUUGCUUGAAUCACGGUCAGUGUACUGAAGAUGGCACCUGCAACUGCCGGAAAGGAUUCCACGGAGACAAGUGUCAGCAUAACAUUGAUGAAUGUUUGCCGGCUAGCCCAUGCCAUGUCGAUGCUAUCUGCAUUGAUAAUGAUGGCGGAUACAUGUGUCUGUGCAAGUCAGGUUACCACGGAAAUGGAACUCAAUGUCAAGACCAAGAUGAGUGCAUUGAUCAAACUCAUAUCUGCAGUUCUAAUGCCACAUGCAACAACUCAAUUGGAUCAUAUCAAUGCACGUGUAGAUCUGGGUACACAGGUGAUGGUACAUCUUGCACAGUCAUGGGCACUGAUUCUCGCAAGGCCGGUAAGAGCGGAGCAAAGAUGCAUUUGCCCUGUUUGGGAAUACAAGCCGCCUUGAUUGUGCUCCUCACUGUGGUCCUACCCUUUACACAUAUGCUGGGAUAGAGGACUAACUGGGAAAUUGUCCCCAGGUUCACCCAGGGAGACAUUUGUUUGUUAAGAGUAACUGACCAGCAAUACAGCUGCCACUGAUCUACUGCCUCUCUUUUUAUGUACUGCGAUUUCUGCUUUUGCUUGGUUUUGCAGUGCAGUGAUUUGCCAUAAACAUAGAAUAACUUUUGAGUUUCCCUGUUUGUUGAACAGUCCAUACGACUUCUUCUUUACGCAUUUUGAAUAGUAAUAAUCAUACCAUGCUUAGUACUAAUCAAUGCUUAGCAAUAUCCAUGCCAUGCUUAACUGUCUCGAUCACCCCUGCUAACGUUAUUGCCCCCGCUUUCUUUUCCAUGAUCCAUUGCUUCUUGCCUCCCCGGUUAUUUUCCAUCUAGCUGUUUCUGGCUAGUAUCAGUUCUACCACACUUAUCAAUAGUCCUUAUUGGUGUCACGCCAUCGUGGAAUAGAAUAAUAAUAAUAAUAAUAAUAAUCAUGCAUUUUAUAGUAAACAUGCAACUUGUAGUUCCUUCGUCCUUUUCUUUACUAUAAAAGAUCUGUUGUAUGCGGUAAGCAUUAACUGGAAACCACUUGUCACCAUG